AAUUGCUUAUAACCAAGUGUGACAAUUAUCGACGAUAAUUGGAAAGUUUAGGAAGAAUCGAGAUCGAAGUUGAUUUUUGAGAUUAGAUCUAGAGAGAGAACUACAGAGCUACUUCAAGCAAUCCAACUUACCAGUCAAUAAGAGGAGAAGAAACACAGACGAAAAGGCCAGCUGUAAGCAUCCAACUUACCAGUCAAAUCCAGGCAACUACCAUUCUUGUUUCUACUUUGAAACUCCCACUCCUCAAAACCAUUUUCAUCAACACAACACCAAACUUUCGUGUACGCAGCGUAACAAGCUCUGGCAAUAGCUUCUCAUUUGCUUUCUCUUGUGUGUGUCAAUUUCGUUCUCUCUUCAUACCCCAGGUCACCUCUCCAAUGUCGAGGCCAGGCAGCAAGAUUAUACAAGCCAAGCUGGUGGUUAUGUCUUCCCUUCUAGGUACUUCUUGGGGAUAUGGGAACUGGGAAAACAAGUUUGGCAUUGAGAUUUGUCAAAGGCCAAUUUCUUGAUUACCAGGAAUCGACAAUUGGGGCUGCCUUCUUCACUCAGGUUCUUUCACUUAAUGAAGCCACCGUAAAGUUUGACAUAUGGGACACAGCAGGGCAGGAGAGAUACCACAGCUUGGCGCCUAUGUACUAUCGUGGUGCUGCUGCAGCAGUUGUGGUGUAUGAUGUUACAAGCAUGGAGUCAUUUCUACGAGCAAAAAAAUGGGUUCAAGAAUUGCAAAGACAAGGAAAUGCUAAACUGAUAAUGUUCUUGGUGGCAAACAAGGUUGAUUUGGAAGAUAAGAGAAAAGUGGGAAAUGAGGAAGGGGAACAAUAUGCCAAAGAAAAUGGCCUCGUUUUCGUUGAGACUUCGGCAAAAACUGCACAUAAUGUCAACGAGCUCUUUUAUGAAAUCGCAAAGAGAUUGGCAAAGGCUACCCCUUCACGUCCCACUGGAAUGAGAUUGCAUAGCAGACCACAAAAUAGUGGAAGGAGAUUCUUUUGCUGCUCAGAAUAAAAUUGCACAGCAAACAGGGAUAAAGACGCUCAUCUCAUGUUCGUGGAUAUGAUAGAGAACACACAAUGCAGUCAAGUAUAUAUGUUUUUAGGACAUUGUGUUUGUUCUGCAUUUUUUUGUAUGUUUGGAGAACAAAUGAUCAAAGGAUUGAUUCAGAUGUCAGGGUUGUGCUCCCAACCCGUGUUCUGUAACAUUACUCGAGAGCCAACAAUAUCAUUGGAAACUUUUGUGCCUUUAAAUUGUCGGGAUACACGACGAGAUAAUUCUGUGGCAA